GACAUUUGAAACAUGGAAUUUCUGUACCGGUCAACGAUUGCUGUUUAUGAAAUUGGAUCAUGGAUUUUAUUCUGUCAAAAAAAUCAAAUCAAAAAGAAACAUCCAAUAUGCCGUUGUUUACUCGUCGCGAAGAAGAACUUCAAAAAUUGUUGGCCGAAGAACGGAAAAGAAGUGAACAACGUAGAAAUAAUUAUAAUAGUUUAAAAGGUGAACAUCUUAAACUACAAGAUCAAUAUCUAAAUCUUCAGGCCGAAAUGAAACAAAUAUUAGAAGAAACGGUCUAUUUUAAGGAAAAGAAAAAAGAAGAACUUGAAGAACUGUUGAAAAUAAAUGAAACGAAAUCUAAACAAAUUGAAAAACUAGAAAAAAAUAUUCGUGAAAAUGAUCCAGAGAUAUUAAGGAUAAAACUAAUUGAUGAAUUAGAUGAACCAUUGAAAAAAGCUGAAAAAGAAAAAGAUAAACUGAAUAAAGAUAGAGAACGUUUAUGCAAUGAAUUGAAACUAUAUAAACAACAAAUUGAACAUAUGGAAAAAGAACAUUUAGAUGCUAUCGAAAAAAUUAAAUUAUCAUAUGAAGUAGAAUUGAAUUUGAUCAAACGAGAAAAGGAAGAGAUUCGAAUUCGUUUGGUUGAAGCAAGUCAAGUGCCCGAUGUUAAAAAGUUGAUUGAUUUAAGUGAAGAAAAUUCUCGAUUAAAUCGUCGAUUACAAUCAGCACAAGAUAUAAUUGAACAAGUAGAACAAAAAUAUAAACAGAUACAGCAACAAAUACAAGAUUUAGUUUUGGAAAAUGAACAAAAAGAAAGAAUUCAUGAAUCGAAAAUCGCUCAUUUACAGGAACAAAUCAACGAAUAUAAACAAGAAAUUAAAAACUGCAAGAUUGAAUUGAAUGUUCGAAAUUCUGAGAUUGAAGAACAUCUAAAAGAGAUUGGCCAUCUGAAACGAAUGUUGGAAAAAUAUAAAUUUGAUAUUGAGCAACAACGGAUAUUGUUUGAUGGAGAAAAAGAAACGAUCGUUUCAAAAAUGAACAAUGAAAUAAAAUUAUUAAAUCAGACUAAAGAUUCAUUCAAAGAAGAGAUCAAAAAACAGAAAGAGCUUUUAGCCCGCAAAGAUGAGUCAAUAGCAGAAUUAGAAAAAAUCAUCGAGUCUAAAGAUAAGGAAUGUGUUGAGAAAAUAAAUUCAUCCAUCAAUGAAGAGCUAGAAAAGUUAACACGAUUAGAACAUGAAAAGAAAUCAUUGGAAUUGUCAUUGGAAGAUUGUCUCAAUGAAAAAAGAACGUUUUCAUUAGAAAUGGAAAAACAACGACGACAUAUUGAACAAUUGAAUGAAAUAAAAAAUGGUCAAGAAAGAGAAACAAUGUUGUUACGAGCCAAAUUAGAAACACAAGCAUCCGCUAUUGAAGAAUUGGAAAAAAUUCGCAAACAACAUAUUGCAUUACAUGAAGAAGUUAAUCGACUUAAAUUAGAAUCCUAUGACAAUGUUGUCAACAACAAAGAAUUAACACGAAUGAAUCAAAAUAUGAAAGAGGAAAUUGUUCGUCUGAAAGAACAAUUGGAAGAAGAACGUCGUCAUCUAGAAGAGGUAAAUAUUUCGAAUGAGAAACAGAUAUCGAAAAUUUCCAAUCGUUUUGAUGAAGAGCGAAACGAAUUACGUGAAAGAAUUAAUCGAUUGGAAAAGGAAAAUUAUAGAUUAAGAACAACAAUCCCUGCUACAAAACCACAGGAUGUUUAUAGGAUAAAAGCAAGUGAUUAUUCACGUUUAAAAGCUCGACAAUAUGCCAAAAUUGCCGAUCGUCUUAAUUCAUUAUUAGAGCAUCUUCAGGUCAACAAUGAUCCAAAGGAAAACAAUGUUGACAUAAAAUCGUCUUGUCAAAACAACCAUUCAUCAAGUCAUGAUCCUAAGAAAAAUGAUCCCGAGCAAGUUGCAGGUUCUUCAUCAAAUUCUACGAAGCUAAAAUCAUGAAACACUGCCAUAAUUUUGCGCCUUAUAAUUUCAAUUUUGUUACGUACUCUAAUGAUGGGAUGACUAUCCAUUUAAUAUUAACGCGUGUUUUUCAAUUUUUGUUUUCAUCAAGAAUUUUUCUAUUUAUU